AUGCAAGAGGUCAUUGCAGGGCUGGAGCAGUUGACCUUCACCUUCGAGAAGGAUGUAGAGACGCAGAAGGGCACUGGCCUCCUGCCUUUCCAGGGGAUGGACAAAUCGGGCUCGGCUGUGUGCAACUUCUUCGCUAAAGGGCUCUGUGACAAAGGGAAGCUCUGCCCAUUCCGGCACAACCAGGGGGAGAAGAUGGUGGUGUGUAAACACUGGCUCCGUGGCCUGUGUAAGAAGGGCGACCAGUGCGGCUUCCUGCACCAGUACGAUGUCACCAGGAUGCCCGAGUGCUACUUCUACUCCAAGUUCGGUGAUUGCAACAAGAAGGAAUGUUCCUUUCUCCACGUGAAGCCAGCUUUCCAGACCCGGGACUGUCCUUGGUAUGACCAAGGUUUCUGCAAGGAUGGUCCCCUCUGUAAACACCGCCAUGUCCCUAAGACAAUGUGUGUUAACUACUUAGUGGGCUUCUGCCCCGAGGGCCCCCACUGCCAAUUUGCACAAUCUGGAUCCUUCUCUACCUUCACUGGCCCAAGGUGGGAAAUGAAGUUUCUGGGUUCAGAAAUGGGAAAUCUGCAGCAGGCUGACACCGAGCAUGCUAAUGAGCUGGGGGCGGGGGAGGGGGCUGGAGCCAGGCGGUAA